GUACGGCAAUGUUCUUCAAAUCGAUCGAAUGGGGACAAGCUCGUCAUUGUGAAUUGUUAAUUCGCUCCAAUGUGGGAAGGGUGGUAGAACUAAGUGAAGGAAGCUAGCACUUGGGGGUUGAGACUUCCUGAGGUUGUGGCGCAGAAGAGCAAGGGUUUAAGUAGUCCUUCAAGGUCAAGGAAGGUUUUCGAUGAGUUCGCAAGCAAUCCAGAAGAAUCCGACACACAAGUGUGUUGGAGAACAUUUGCCAGGAUGGUCGACGCCAAGCUCGAUGCGGUUCCGGUGGUGGAGAUCGAUGAAGGAAUCUUCAAGUACGUGCUGAUCAAAGUUUACGGCAAGGAAAAAACCGAUGGCAGCGAACCAUCGAAGCUGAUCGUUCGCGGCUUCGAUCGGGCCCAGUGGCAUUCGGAUAUUUACGAUGAGGUUAGCUCGGCGCUGUUGGGGCUCGGGCUCGAGACGGAGUGUCUCGGUGGUGGACGGAUCGAGAACAGACCGGACCUGAAGCAGAUCAAGGUGUACGGCUACUCGCAGGGCUAUGGGAAGGCGGACCACACCGAAACGAGACGUUUGCUGCUAACCAAAUACCCGGACCACAACAUUACCUGUUCCGACGAAGGAUAUUGAGGAAGGAAUGAGCGUGGCACGGAAUGCACACUCACACACACACACACACACACACACACGCAUGAUCAUGUGAGCUUUAUUUAUAUGAAAGGAUUUUGGUGCAGAAUACAUUAUGCAAUGUUUUAAGAUGUGAA